AUGAAGUCCGGCUGUGCGGCUGGAUCUCCAGGGAAUGAAUGGAUUUUUUUUUUUUUUUUUUUCUUCAGCACCGAUGAAAGAAACAUACACUAUCGGGAAACAAUGUGCAACCGGGGACUGCAAAGAUCUGCUAUCCUGUCAGCAUUUAUUCUCCUGCGAGCUGUUACUGGAUUCUCUGGAGACGGCAGAGCUGUGUGGUCUAAAAAUCCUCAUUUUAGCCCGGUAAAUGAAAGUCAGCUGUUUCUCUAUGACACUUUUCCUAAAAACUUUUUUUGGGGUGUUGGGACUGGAGCAUUUCAAGUGGAAGGGAAUUGGAAGACAGAUGGAAAAGGACCCUCUAUAUGGGAUCAUUUCAUUCAAACACACCUUAAAAAUGUCAACGACACGAACAGUUCCAGUGACAGUUACAUUUUUCUGGAAAAAGAUUUAUCAGCCCUGGAUUUUAUUGGAGUUUCUUUUUAUCAAUUUUCAAUUUCCUGGCCAAGGCUUUUCCCCGAUGGAAUAGCAGCAGUUGCCAAUGCGAAAGGUCUCCAGUAUUACAAUGCUCUUCUCGAUGCCCUAGUACUUAGAAACAUUCAACCGAUAGUUACUUUGUAUCAUUGGGAUUUGCCUUUGGCCCUACAAGAAAAAUAUGGGGGGUGGAAAAAUGAAACCAUAAUAGAUAUUUUCAAUGACUAUGCCACCUACUGUUUCCAGACGUUUGGGGACCGUGUCAAAUAUUGGAUUACAAUUCAUAAUCCGUAUCUAGUUGCUUGGCAUGGGUAUGGGACAGGUCUGCAUGCGCCUGGAGAGAAGGGAAACUUAGCAGCUGUCUACUCUGUGGGACACAACCUCAUCAAGGCUCAUUCUAAAGUUUGGCAUAACUACAACGUAAAUUUCCGACCACAUCAGAAAGGUUGGUUGUCAAUCACGUUGGGAUCCCAUUGGAUUGAACCAAACAGAUCAGAAGACAUGAUGGAUAUACUCAAGUGUCAACAAUCCAUGGUUUCAGUGCUCGGAUGGUUUGCCAGUCCUAUCCAUGGGGAUGGAGACUACCCAGAGGUGAUGAAAAAGAAGCUGCUCUCCAUUCUACCCCUUUUCUCUGAAGCAGAGAAGAGUGAAGUGAGGGGCACAGCUGACUUCUUUGCCUUUUCCUUUGGACCCAACAAUUUCAAGCCCCAGAACACCAUGGCUAAAAUGGGACAAAAUGUGUCACUCAAUUUAAGAGAAGUGCUGAACUGGAUUAAACUGGAAUAUGGCAACCCCCGAAUCUUGAUUGCUGAGAAUGGCUGGUUCACAGACAGUCAUGUGAAAACAGAAGAUACCACAGCCAUCUACAUGAUGAAGAAUUUCCUCAACCAGGUUCUUCAAGCAAUAAGGUUUGAUGAAGUACGAGUGUUUGGCUACACUGCCUGGUCUCUCCUGGAUGGCUUUGAAUGGCAGGAUGCUUACACCACUCGCCGAGGAUUAUUUUAUGUGGAUUUUAAUAGUAAACAAAAAGAAAGAAGGCCCAAGUCUUCGGCACAUUACUAUAAACAGAUCGUACAAGAAAAUGGUUUUACCUUAAAAGAGUCCACGCCAGAUGUGCAGGGUCAGUUUCCCUGCGACUUUUCCUGGGGUGUCACUGAAUCUGUCCUUAAGCCCAAGGCAGUGGCCUCCUCCCCACAGUUCAGCGACCCUCACCUGUAUGUGUGGAAUGUGACAGGCAACAGACUGUUGCACCGUGUGGAAGGGGUGAGGCUGAAAACACGGCCAGCCCAAUGCACAGAUUUUGUCAGCAUCAAAAGACAACUCGAGAUGUUGGCAAGAAUGAAGGUCACUCACUACAGGUUUGCUCUGGACUGGCCCUCAAUCCUUCCCGCCGGCAACCUGUCCGUGGUUAACCGACAAGCUCUGAGGUACUACAGGUGCGUGGUCAGUGAGGGGCUGAAGCUCAACAUCUCCCCAAUGGUCACGUUGUACUAUCCGACUCACGCCCACCUGGGUCUCCCCACACCCCUGCUGCACAGCGGGGGAUGGCUGAACCCAUCCACAGUCCAGGCCUUCCAGGACUACGCCGGGCUGUGCUUCCAGGAGCUGGGGGACCUGGUGAGGCUCUGGAUCACCAUCAACGAGCCCAACAGGCUGAGUGACAUCUACAGCCACACUAGUAACGACACCUACCGGGCAGCCCACAACCUGCUGAUUGCCCACGCCCUGGUCUGGCACCUCUACGACCAGCGAUACAGGUCUGCGCAGCACGGGGCCGUGUCGCUGUCUCUGCACUCGGAUUGGGCGGAGCCCGCCAACCCCUACGCCGACUCGCACUGGCAGGCCGCCGAGCGCUUCCUGCAGUUCGAAAUCGCCUGGUUCGCAGAACCCCUCUUCAAGACCGGGGACUACCCGCUGGCCAUGAGGGAGUACAUCGCCUUCAAGAACAGGCAGGGGCUCUCGCGCUCCGCGUUGCCUCGGUUCACCGAGGAGGAGAGGAGGCUGGUCAAGGGCGCCGCGGACUUCUAUGCGCUGAACCACUUCACCACCUGGUUCGUGAUGCACGCGCGCCAGAACGGCAGCCGCUACGACGCGGACAGGGACGUCCAGUUUCUGCAGGACAUCACCUGCCUGAGCUCGCCCAGCCGCCUGGCUGUCCUGCCCUGGGGGGAGCGCAAGGUGCUGAGGUGGAUCCAGAAGAACUAUGGAGACGUGGAUGUUUACAUCACGGCCAAUGGCAUCGAUGACCAGUCUCUGGAGAAUGAUGAACUCCGAAAAUACUACUUAGAGAAGUACAUUCAGGAGGCUUUGAAAGCACAACUGAUUGAUAAAGUCAAAAUCAAAGGCUAUUAUGCAUUCAAACUGACUGAAGAAAAAUCUAAACCCAGAUUUGGAUUCUUCACAUCUGAAUUCAAAGCUAAAUCCUCAGUUCAGCUUUACAACAAACUGAUCAGCAACAGUGGCUUCCCUUCUGACAUCACUAGUCCUAGAUGCAGUCAGACUCCAAGAAACACAGAGUGCAUUGUCUGCUUAUUUCUUGUGCAAAAGAAACCACUGAUAUUCUUUGGUUGUUGCUUCUUCUCCACCCUGGUUCUACUUUUAUCAAUUACUAUUUUUCAUAAGCGGAAGAGAAAAAAAAUUUGGAAAGCAAAGAACUUACAGCACAUACCACUAAAAUAAGGACACAGAGAGGUCUUAGUGAAACUGAUCCUAUUUCUGUAUGAAAGAAAGUUUAAAAAAUUCACUCCGGUUCCAUAUACUGGUAACUUACAGAAGAAUUACCUAUAUUGUAGAAAGACAAUUUGAAAUACUAGUGGUAACCAAGUGAUGACAAUCAAGGUCUCUGUUGUGUGGUUCAAAUGAAUUUUCCCUUAAGGUGUGGACAUCAGUGAAUUCAGUUCUUGGAUCUGAAGGUAAAGGCUUUACCCAGACAGUAAGCUAGGAUUAUCUGAUACACUGCUUCAUGAAGUUUGAUGAGCUGUUUUCUAUCAUUCUUCUCUAAAUACCAAUAGCUACAUUUAACAAAUUAUAUUGAAAAAAGUGCAACUUUGGUUAGACUCCACAACAGAAAAUUUAAAACUCUUAACACUGGAUAGUCAGUGAUUAUUCUGUCACUUCUAAGGAGGUGCUUUUCCCCUUUAGAAAACACACGAUAGGAUUAGUGUUCAUUUAUCAUCAGCUACAGCAUAGACUGUUAAGCCCACUGAUCCUAGUUUUCAAUAGUAAUAAGUUACCAUUUAUAAAAUAUAGGAUUUUGUGGUCUCUCCUUGCACAAGAUCCAAGUUUUAAAAAACAAAUAACUUCCAUAACUCAUCUCAUGGAAAGGUCACAGGACUAAGAUAAAGGACAGCUAGACUCACCGGCCUGCUCAACCUCACAACACUGCAAACUCCUUUAGACAAAUUGACAGCAUUUUCCUCACUUGAUUUUUGUGACGCAACAAACGAGAUCUUACAUACUUGGGAAAGCUAAACAUUCUAAAAAGAUGUCAAGUUUUAUUAUCAAGUCAUCAAAGGACCCUAUUAGUCUGUAAGACUGGGUUCUCUCCUGAGCUCCACUGUUCUGAUACCAUGUGAAUACAGGGACCUCUCAGAGAUGUAGAAUGCAGGUGUAUUUUGACCUUGCACCUUGCAACUGUGCUUUUUGUGUACAUGUUGAUGGUCUGAAGGAGUUAAAACUUUUCAUUGUACCUUUUGAAGCUGGGAUUAACUUAAAUCUGAACCAGGAGUUUGACUUUCUUAAAACUCCAUGCUUAAGACUUGUGUAUGCUAAACUCGAAAUGUAAACCCAUUCAUACCCAUUCAUUUCAAUCACCACCUGUCCCCCCGCUCUCCAGGAACCUGAGUCAAAGCGGAGUUUUUUUGUUCAAAAACGCUUGUUAGGAAAUCACCCUAAAUUAAGGCAAUUGUGAUUGUUUUCCAGGUCCACCUAUGUCAGAAGCCAAAUUUUAUAUUGAACAGAGGUUCUAAUUGAAAAUAGCAGUGUUUCAAAGAUAACUGUAAUGAGAGAACACAAUUGGUCAAAUAAAUGCACAAGUGAUUGAUGGGAAAUAAAUUUGCUUUUCGGCUGGCCAAAUUCAAACAGUAAAAUUUUUUAUUUUUCUUGAUCCCUCUGCACCCACUCUUCCACCUUUGGGAAUUUUUAGAUUAUGCUUUUUGUUUUCAAAUAAUUUUUUUAAUUUCUUCUUUGAAAAGUAAGUGGACCUAAGGCUAUCCACAAUUACAACUGGUUGUUCUAAUGUUCACUAUGUGUAAAGAAUGUCAUUUAAAAGAAUCACUUGGCUGGUUCCCCCUCCCCUUUGUGCCACAUGGCUUCACUGACCCCACAGUUCCAGUGAAUAUUCUAAUUAUCAGUUGAACAACUUACCAACUUUUAAACCUCUCUUAACAUCCAACAUCUUGAAAAAAAUGCACAUUCAGUAUUAGGAACAACAAAGAUUUAAGAAUUAAAUUUAGGUUUUCCUUUCCUGGGGUCUACUUUGUGCUCUUUGAUCCAAAAGUACCUUGAAAACUAUUUGGCUCUAUCGAUCUUAGGGUUCACGAGAGUCAGGCUCUGUGCUCAGUGGGGAGCCUGCUUGGGAUUCUCGCCUCUCCCAUCUUGCUUGGGCCCUCUCUCAAAAUAAACAUUAAAAAGAUACCUUGUAUUUAUAAUCUUCACUACUUCAGGUCUUUACAUUUACACCUUAAAACUUGUGUCCUUUUGCAUAUUUGUUGCCUUGCCAUACAUAACCACCAACCCCUGCCCCCCCCCCAGCCCCAGUCAAGUCCUUAAACCAAUGCUUACAGCAGUCCUAACACCUAGGAAUCAUCUUACAAGUUUUUAAGCCACAAUCAUAUAAGAAUCCUUAGAUAGGUAUUUAAUCUAAAUCAUGACCAAUUAAUACUUUUCAGAUUUAUCCCAGACUCAAAUAUUUAAGAAUUGUCAAGUUAUCAUUUGAAACUGCUGGUAGCUUUUGACAAGAUCUUCAGAAUUUAAGCCUGAGACUUGCUGGGGGGCAGGGGGAAUCAUCUUAAAAUCUAAUUAACUUGUGCUAAAUUUCGUGCGUGCUAGUAGUUUGUGUAUUCAAUGUGACAAACUGUCUCUCAAGUCUGGUUUAUCUGGAAAAUAUUACAACAUAACCAUAUUUAAAGAUCCUCUGUAGAUCUCUUUUGCUUUGUUGGUGGCAAUGCAAACUGGUGCAGCCACUCUGGAAAAGUAUGGAGGUUCCUCAAAAAACUAAAAAUAGAACGACCCUAUGACCCAGCAAUUUCACUACUAGGCAUUUAUCCACGGGAUACAGAUGUGCUGUUUCAAAGGGACACAUGCACCCCCAUGUUUAUAGCAGCACUAUCGAUAAUAGCCAAAGUAUGGAAAGAGCCCAAAUGUCCAUCAAUGGAUGAAUGGAUAAAGAAGAUGUGGCAUAUAUAUAUAUACAAUGGAGGAUUACUCGGCAAUCAAAAAGAAUGAAAUCUUGCCAUUUGCAACUACAUGGAUGGAACUGGAGGGUAUCAUGCUAAGUGAAAUUAGUCAGAGAAACACAAAAAUCAUGACUUCACUCAUAUGAGAACUUUAUGAGACAAAACAGAUGAACAUAAGGAAAGGGAAGCAAAAAUAAUAUAAAAACAGGGAGGGGGAAAAACAGAAG